AUGAAUUUCUCUAUUCUACACUACUGUUCCUCCACUCUACGCUACCACACCUGUGGACCAAGUUUUCUUCGACAGGAUGUCAAAAUGCUUGUCACGAUUCGACAGCGAGCAAGGUCUCAGCUCCGAUCGAGGAAUGAACAACAGAACGCCCCCUUUAACAAAGCCCCACGAGAGGUACGAGACAUGAUCUAUGACCCAGUCUUCUCAGACGACUCCGAGGUCAGACUACCCCACCCACUCAUGCGAGUAUCGAGGGCCUUGCGAGAAGAGACGACAGAAGCUUUUGCACGCAACGUCGGACCUCGAGCGACCUUUUACAUGGCAUGUAUCACCCAUCAUCGCAGACAUCGAACAGGACCGGUAAUCACCAUCCAGGGCACUAACAAUACUUCUAUUUUGCUUCCUGAGACGAGAUCGGUGAAAGCGAAGUCGAGGAGGGAUGCAAAGAGUCCGUAUCAGCCGUGGAAGUCGUUCCGGAGAAGUGAACUCGGUAUGCAGAUGGUGCCGAGGGUGCGCCACCUGAUACUGGAGAUCAAGAUGGGUGACUGGAUUGAGAUAGACAUUAUAUUCAGGGACGGCGCGGCACCCGAAUUCUCCGUCAAAGCCGGCUGGUCGUCCUCCAACAUCGGCUUACAAGCGUUGUGUAUGUGUUUGCGAAAAGUCAAUAAGUGA